CCUUGCUAACAAAUUACCCGCCAUGAUGAUUAUUAUAGUUUAAGUACACAAAAUUAAAUCUAAAUAUUUGAAAUUUCACAGGAGCGACAUUUGACUAGAAAGAGGAGCCGGUCGGUGGUAGACUGAGCUUCUCAUUUCCCUCACGUUUUUAUUAUAUACAGCGUAUAUAUACUGUAGGUGGUGGGCGCCUAUAAUAAUUCUCAGCCAUCGAGAACAAGUGUGAGGUUACAAAGAAAAUCAGCGCAGUCGCUAUCCGCAGGCACAUGAAAACAUGGUCACACACGAACGCACGUACAUGUACUACAACCUUAGAAACUCACUGUGAAAGUAAUUAGCUAUGCGAUGCGUCUUAUUACACCUGCAAUGUUUUCGCUAUAUAUAGGUGACACGAAUCUACUUGGGAGGAGCCCGUCAUGUCUAUUUCUGCUAUAAAUUUGGCUUUAUUACCUUUUUGAUCGUUAGAUAACGAGCUGUGCGAAAAAGAAAAGAGAAAUGGAAGUACCUUGAAUGUAAGAGACUGUGAUUAAUCAAACGGAUAACAAGGAAUUGUGCUGUGUGUGUACCUUUUUAGUGUGAAUGACUUUCCGGCCCGCUUUCUUGUGCUCGAGUCUUAAAAAGAAGGGUUUGGUUGAUCUGGUAGGUAACGAACGAAGAUAUGUUGAUUCGUUGCUGUUGGUUACGCGUUGCGACGAUUUAGCCUAGCUGCGACAAUCGUAGUACCAACUUCUUUUAUUCUCGCUUCCUUUAAGUAAUCGUUUUCAUCGAUCCGUCGACCAUUUCCGAGAAUAAAAGAUUACGCCGCCUAAUUUUAAUUGCUUAUUUGAUCUUUGAACUAUUAUGUCAUCAAUAUACGAGGAUUCUUGAUGAUAUUUUCCUUAUUUUGAUCGUUAAUGAAUUUGUUUUUGUUUUAAAUCGAAGAACUUGCGCGCCAUCUCGUAUCGUUCUGCUUAAUAAUCGAUUACCAGCUCGAAAACUUGGAAAUUUGAUAGCAAUUUCAUUGACAUUAAUCGUGCCGCUAUCUUUCCUCGUCGUUGACGUUAUCUGAAACGUGAAUUAUGGGUCCUUGAUGUAAAACGAGAAGGAAAACAAAAGGUGCAUUUGAAAUACAGGGCAACGGGCAUAUCUCGGCCUGCAGCUGCCGACGUAAACAACGAGUGAAAAACACAACAUUGCUCGGGGCAUUUUUCAAUACGUGUCACUUGCAAACAAGUACAUCUAUAUAGGCUCUGGUUUAUAUAGCGCCACAUCAGCAAAGAUUCAGCACGGAAAUUGAAGUCAGACAUGGAGGGAGUCCUGUGGAAAUGGACAAAUUAUUGGACAGGCUGGCAACCACGCUGGUUUGUGCUGGACGAUGGAGUCCUGGUCUACUACAAAUCUCAGGAAGAAGUUAAUCAGGGUUGCAAAGGUUCGCUAAAAAUCACUGCUUGUGAAAUCUCAGUGAGUCAAGCAGAUCCUCUUCGUCUCGAUGUUACUGUUCCUGGGGAACAGCACUUCUACCUUAGGGCUUCCACAUCACAAGAAAGGCAGCAGUGGCUGGUAGCACUUGGCAGUGCCAAAGCCUGUGAAGGCCUCACAACAAAAGAUACAUACAGUGAACCAGUAUAUAUUUCAGUUCCCGAAGAAAGAGACAGUUUGAAAUCCAAACGAAGUGAAUUGAGGCUCUACUGUGAUUUAUUGAUGCAGCAAGUUCAUUCUGUGAAAGAUGCAGCUACACAAGCACCUCCAGAUGUUGAAAAACUGGACGAAUCCACGCACUUGCUCUCGGCCACUUGCGACACCUUCAUAUCGACCCUAGAAGAGUGUUUGCGGCUUGCCAAAGCCGAGUUUAACUACCAGUUGCCCCAUUCUACGAUCGACAAAGCACUCAACGGCUACAAUCACGACCCUUCCCAUUCUCCCGCGCCCAUAUCGCCGUCCGGUAGGAAAUCCUCACGUUCUAGUUCUAGAAUGUGAGCCCAGUGAAAGCUAAACAAACCCCAGUUAGACUAUGAAAGAAAUCUCUCGCAGCCUUGAAUUCGUUUGCCAACUAUUUCACCAUUCCAAACGUUGUGAACAAAAUUGCGAAUCUAAGACAACCGACAAAAGACACUUUUUAAAUUAUAAUAUUAAAAAAAUCUUCCCUCUCUAGUCAUCGAAUAUGGCUUCUUUAUUCGGCCAAUAUUAAACUUCUCUCUUUUUUUUUAAACUCUAUACAAUUACGUUUUACAAAUACUCUUAAGGAAUGAAUAGAAUUUUGAACUUUACAUUAUUGACUCGUUGGUUUGUUUACUAUUGUGACGUCAUCGGUGAGCUCAUGUUUCUUAUUUUAUUGCUUUUCUUUUAUUACCCCGUGUGCGCAGCUGUACAAACAACUACGGAAAUGUUUGUACAACAGUGUCGCAAUGGGGUGUCAAACAACAAUCGAUACAUCUCCACACGGGAUACCGCAGCUGUGUCCACUUUUGAGGGUUUUUUUCUGUCCAUUUUUUCACGGUCAUAUUUAACCGGAUCCAAUUGCCAAAUAAUAUUCUUUUUUUUGUUAUCGCCAAGCGGAGCGGUUUAUGUAAAUAACAUUUUUUAUUUAUUUUUUAGUAUUUGUAUUGCGCCAUCGAUUAGACAAUCGUUAAAUGGCGCAUCCCAAAGGGAAAAACGAAAAAGUUUGAUAAUUGUGCUUAGCAAGCGAGUGUUGUGUGAUUUAGUCGUACCGUGUCACGCAAUCGUCAUCCGUUUUCUUUCGAUUUAAGAAACAAAACAAAAAAGUCAAUCGAGAAGUUGACCAGUUUUUCGUGAUGGGUCAUACUGUCCUAUCCGACUCUCCCCAUUCCGUCGACAUUGUUUUGGUAGUAACCCGAGUAUCAGAAAUGCAAUCAACCGCCCGGGGUUUAACAGAGUCAACUAGACGAGUGCGUGAGCGAGCGGGAAUGCAGCGUUCUACACAAACGAGCGCAUGUUGGUAGGACGGACCCGAUUACUUCUUUGCCUUUUGUUUCUUUUAACUUGAGGAGUUUAUAGGACUGGAAGAAAUGGUAUAAAAACCGGAAGGAAAUCAUGUCAUUUCGUUCAGUCGUUGUGACGCUCAAUGGAUGUGUGUCCGUAGUAUUUUUAUAUUCAUUUAAAUUGUUGUGAUUUUAUUUGUCGUCAUCAUGGCCGAUAUGAGCGCAUUCGUCCCGAAGAAGAUGGCCGAAUGGGAGAGGAAAGUGGACCAUUUAAUUUGGCAAAUUGAAGUCGCAUCCGAUGAGAAAUGGGAGGAACUCACCAAACUUCAAGGCCUUAUCGUGGUGGACGUCUACUCCGAGUGGUGCGGGCCGUGCACGGCCAUGGCCACCCAUUUGAAAGAGAUUAAACUUCUCUUGGGCGAUGAUUUCCUUCAUUGCGCCUUGGCAAAAGCGGAUUGCAUUAGCCAACUGGAAAAGUUUAGAGGCCGCAGCGAACCAACUUGGCUAUUUUUGGCCGGUGGCGAACCAGUUGUGCUGAUCAGAGGCGCUAACGCCCCACUCAUCCGGAAAACAUUGUUCCAGGAAUUACAAACAGAGAAGGAAGUGCUGGAAGGAACCCGCCAACGGGUUACGAUUUCAUGGGACAGUAUCGACUUGCCAGUCGUUAAACCUGAAAACGAGAAUUACAACAAUGCUUUAUUGACGACUGCGCCGGAUAACUGGUGGGAGCUUGAUGGGUUGACGUUGCAAGGAUCGUAUCCGUUAAUCAUAGAUAAAUUGAUGGAGGGAUUUGUCGAACGAAAUUUGGAAAUUGUCGCCAGAUCAGCCGUUCAAGUCGAUAAGAAAGAUUGCCUCAUUUUAUGGUUCCCCACUUACGUCGAUUAUUUAAGUUUGUCGGAUUGGUUCGAACACAAACUGAAAACUCUCAUCGCCGAAGUCGAACCAAAGAAGGUGAUAAUUAAACCAGCACGCGACGAAGAUGAACUAGAAGAACAAAUCGAAGGGUUGAAUUUGGAGGAUUUGAUUGGCAUUCCUGACGAUAAUUCUCCCGUAAUCGAAAUCGAUCCGGAAGUAUCAGAUUACGAGCCCAUUCAAUAUCGGCUGAUAUCGGACCCCGACGAAAAAGAUUCGUUAAUCAAACGAAUAAGUCAAAGAACGACAGAAAAUGUCGAGUCUAACAGUGUUGAAGGGGACGAAGACGAAGAAAUUAAUUAAAAGCAGGAGCUUAAGUUAAUUGAUUAAGGGCAGAAACAGUUGUAAAUAGUUUACCCACAAAGUCCCACCUCAGGUUUAGCUUCCAAUAAAAGAAGAAAAGAUGUAAGGCCUACACAUAAAUGUUCUAUCCGCCUGCAAAAUCUAGCAAAGGUGUACGGUGGCAAGAUACUAAAAGUAAUAAUACACUCGGCACGGCAGUAUCUGCACGCUAUAACUUUUUA